CGGAAGGACGGAAAGGUGGAAGGACGGUAGGACGGAAGGACGGAAAGGUGGAAUGAUGGAAGGAUGGUAGGAUGGAAUGAUGAAAAGGUGGAAUGAUGGAAGGACGGAAAGGUGGAAGGAUGGAAAGGUGGAAUGAUGGAAGGAUGGAAAGGUGGAAGGAUGGAAGGAUGGAAAGGUGGAAUGAUGGAAGGACGGAAAGGUGGAAGGAUGGAAAGGUGGAAUGAUGGAAGGAUGGAAAGGUGGAAGGAUGGAAAGGUGGAAUGAUGGAAGGACGGAAAGGUGGAAUGAUGGAAGGAUGGUAGGAUGGAAGGACGGAAAGGUGGAAUGAUGGAAGGAUGGUAGGAUGGAAGGAUGGAAAGGUGGAAUGAUGGAAGGACGGAAAGGAACAUAGCUGGGAAGCAGCGAGUGAGAAGGUGUGAGAUGUUUAUUUAGACUGAGCUCGCCAGGCGUUAGAUCCAAGAUGGCCGUCCAGCACCUGCUAAUCGUUGUUUACAUCGGGCCGCUAAGCUAGGCUAACGGGCUAGCGGCCUUCAAAGGCGCUGAUCCUUGGGACAACAUGCCCCGCCCACGCCUUUCACUUCCUGCCGCCGUGCCAAAGACCACAUCACCUUCAUCACGGAUGCUCCUCUUCCUCCCAUUGGCCUCCUUUCUCUCACGCCGACCAUCAUCAUCAUCAUCCUCAUCUCACGUCAACACCGCACCUGUGUGUGCGUGUGUGUGUGUGUGUGCGUGUGUGUGUGUGUGUGCGUGUGUGUGUGUGUGUGUGUGUGUGUGUGCGUGUGUGUGUGCGCGUGUGUGUGUGUGUGUGUGUGUGUGUGCGUGUGUGUGUGUGUGUGUGUGUGUGUGUGUGUGUGUGUGUGUGUGGCUCGAUGGUGGCGACCAGCCGACCUUCUAGUCCAAACAAAGAAGAUGGAACAUUCUUCUUCUCCUCCUUGGUUGUUGUUGAGCGUGAGGAGGAAGAGGAGGACGAAGGUGCACAUGGCGGCCACAUGCUGCUAUAUUUAGACGCGUCUCGACCUCAGCGUCGUCCACCGUGACCUUGUGGACACGUGAAUGUCAAACAUCAGCAGCGAGCCGUGAGGACGUCUGGAGGACAGAUGUCGGCGUCCGUCGGGGCCUCCGACCUUCUGAAGGCGUCCAUCACGACCCCUCAUAGGCUCCGCCCCCCUCAGUCACUCACCCGGACCACACAGAACCUGGAGACCCCCUUCACCCUUCCUUUGGUCCAAGAUAUGGGCGGAGCUAAUAGGAAGAGUAGCCCUGUGUUUGAAUCCUGGAACGGUGGUGCCCGGAAAGGGUGGCUGAUGACUCCCCGGUGAAGGACGUAUCCCUCAGAAUGAGGAACACGAUCCCGCCCAUGACUCGGUGAGCACAUGCAGGAGACCACCCAGGCUCCGAGAGCUGACACUCAUGACCGACCUUCAGGCAUCUUCAGGGAUGAGCUUUAGUGCUUUUACAAGAAUGAAGAAGAUGCUCUCAUGCUUCUGUUAUUUCUUCUUCCUAAAUGCAAAUGGAGUACCAAAAAGUUCAUUUAGUGUCUGAAAGAUCUUCAUCUCAUGGUCCAAUCAGACAGCCUGUGGUGUCACAUGUUCAUCUCAUGGUCCAAUCAGACAGCCUGUGGUGUCACAUGUUCAUCUCAUGGUCCAAUCAGACAGCCUGUGGUGUUGAACGGACCUCCUGGCUUUGUCCCGUAGUCCUGGUUCAGAGGUCAACUGGCUGAAAGGGCAUGGGGGUGUCAGCAUGCCAGUGUUAGCAUGUUAACAUUAACAUGCUGGUGCUAGAACGUUAAUGUUAGCAUGCUGCUGUUUGCAUACUACUGUUACCUUGCAAGUUUUAGCAUGUUAGUGUUAGCAUUAUGGAAGUGUUAACAUGUUUUAGCAUGACCACGUUAGUGUUAUUUUAGUGUUAGCAUGUUAGUGUUAGCAUUAUAUAAGUGUUAACAUGUAAGUGCUAAGUCUUAACAUUUAAGUGUUAGCAUGUUAGUGUUGGUAUACUUAGUGUUAGCAUGUUAGCGUUCAUAUGUUAGGUGUCAUCAUGUUAAGUGUUAGCAUGUAAAAGUUGUGUUAGUGUUAGCAUGCAUGUGUUAGCAUGUUAAUGGUAACAUUUAUGUGUUGGCAUAUUAGUGUUGGUAUACUUAGUGUUAGCAUGUUAGCGUUCAUAUGUUAGGUGUCAUCAUGUUAAGUGUUAGCAUGUAAAAGUUAUGUUAGUGUUUGCAUGCAUGUGUUAGCAUGUUAAUGGUAACAUUUAUGUGUUGGCAUAUUAGUGUUGGUAUACUUAGUGUUAGCAUGUUAGCGUUCAUAUGUUAGGUGUCAUCAUGUUAAGUGUUAGCAUGUAAAAGUUAUGUUAGUGUUAGCAUAUUCGUGUUAGUGUCAUGUUGUGUGUGCUGGCAUGCUAGUGUUAGCAUGCUAGUGUUAGCAUGCGCUGAGGGAAUGUGAGGGUGAUAAAGGAUGGCUAUGGAAGGUAAAUGUUGACCCAAAGCUCACAAAGAAACCAACUGAAAGAAUUUCCUUUCUUGUCGUUUCAUUGCUGAUAAAAGAACCCGUGAAGACGAGGAAGACGUCACACAAGAUGGCUGACGCGUGUGUGUGUGUGUGUGUGUGUGUGUGAGAGAGAGCACUACACACACACACACACACACACGCGCUGUCAGCGCCCGCCGCCAAGAUCCUCGGCGGCCUUGAGAACUUUCCAGAGUUCUGGAAGACGUUAGCGAGCAGACGUCGCACCCAACCACCGCCUGGAAGCAGUUCAAAGGUCACAGCAGCGGCAUCACAUGACAUCUUCCCAUGACUGACAGCUAGCAUUGAGUCACUGGGACGCCCCAGACGGGUGGAGACGCUGCGCUAUAAAGCCCACCUCCUCGUGUGGCCACAGGAAGCCCCCCCCCCCCCCACCCCAAGUCACAUGACGCUGGCGUGUGCAGGUAGAGGUGCGGGUAGCCCCUCCCCCCGCAGGAAGUGAUGACACCACAUCAAACGAGGCUUCUGGCUGCUAAAAAUAGACCCGUCAAACAGGAAGCGAAGAUGGCGGCCAUGUUGGGUUCAUGGAAUCAAAUCACCGGCGUGAAGAUGGCGCCUUCGCCAAAGAUGGCCUCGGCAAGGCGACAGGAAGUGGAGGAGGAAGUCAGCUGGAAAGAACAUCUCGUUAUUCCUUGAUGACUCAUCUUCUCGUUAUCCAACAUUAGCAUCAGCGCUAAUCAAGACAAUUAGCAUUAGCAUCAGCUCACUGGUCACAUGACGCAACACAAACGCUUCUUCUUGCUCAAGUAGAAAACGGACCGGGAGAUGUUCCUCAGCCUGCUUCCUGGUUCUCACGCACGUAUGAUGGACACAUGACUUCCUGUUCUGUGUGAGCGCUUGGACUCGGCUCAGAGGAACCAGGACCACAUGGACGUGGAGGCUCGGGGCGGGCAUAGCGGACUUCCAGGAAGCAGUCAGGGAGGAGGAGGACCACCCUGAGAAGGUGCAGCCGGGCAUCGAACGACGGUCGCAAGGCAGCGAGGCAUACAGGCUGGAAGGCCACCAUCUACCUUCUUGCCUCCUGGUGCCGCCCACUCAUCCUGAGGCUCCGCCCCUCAGAGAAGACAUCCUUCCCUCCCCUCGCCGGGACUCAGCAGAACCAGAACCACCUCAGAGCAGCAGCAGCAGCGUCGCCACAUCUGGAGGUGCACGCCGCAUGAAGUGAGAGGAGGAGAACUUCUGACAUUUCUUCUGGGGGCGCCGCUCUGCUUCUAAGCAAGAUGAUGUGCUCCAGCACGGCUCUCCAGAGGUUCUUCAUGGCGCUCUUCCUGCUCUGCUCGCCCGUGCCGCACCACGGCCGACCCAUUGAUGGCCACAGCGGCAGAGUGAGGCGCUCGGUGACGCAUGCGCAGCUCAUGCACGACAAAGGUCGCACGCUGCAGGACUUCAAGCGCCGCAUGUGGCUGCAGGAGCUCCUGGACGAGGUCCACACGGCCGAGAUCCGAGACCUCCCGCCCGUCGGGCUCCCGGACCUCGGCGCCCCCGCCGGCCCCCUGCACUCCAAACCGCCCGGGGCCACCAAGAACCUGCCCCCGGGCGACGAGGAGGGCGGCGCCGCCAACCUGCCCCAGGAGACGUACAAAGACGGCGCCCUCAAAGCGGCCGGCAAGAGGAAGAAGAAAGGCCGCUCGGGGAAGAGGCGGGAAGGGGAGAAGCGGAAGAGGAGGGUGCGCUCGCUGCGCCCAGCAGCGUGGCGCUCGCUCCUCCGCCGCUUUUGAACGCUGUCACGGAUGACAAAGGAAGCGACGGACGCCCGAAGACUCGGGAAAGACAGCAGAAGAUAUUUAUUGUGUUUCAAGUGGUAGACUAGAUCUUUUCCCUUAUUAUUUAUUUGCUGUGUAUUUAUUUUCCAAAUGUAUAUUUUUCUACCGUCAUGCACUUUAGACAAACGUUAGCUCACCUUCUCGGCGUCCUCGUCCAAAGGUCACGGUUUUGACACUUGCACUGAAGCCCCCACAGAUUAAAGAUAUGACUUUUGACCUCUGCGCCUCCUGUCCGUCACUCCCGGCCAACAAAACACACAAGUAGCGCUUGGGGGCGCUGCGCCGCACUCUUCCGUUGGCACGGACGCAGCAAUGGCGCCUCCCUCCGGUUCAUCUGGUACUGCGCGGCGACGAGAAAGGGGAAAAGGAACGUCAGCGUUGAGUUGCCGUGCGAGACGCACGGAGCCGACAAGUUGGUUUUUCCGCACAUGCAGCGGGAAACA